AUGCUCACCUUCCGCCGCGCCCUCGUUGUCGCCGCCGUAAUACUUACCGUCUUCCUGCUCUUACGGAACCACCACCCAACUGCCCCCGAAGUAGCAACAACCAAAAUCAACAACUCCCCCAAACCUACUGGCACCCACGAAGAGAACCGAAAGAUCGUCGAAGCCGGCCCUGAGCACUCGAGUAUCCCCGUCGAGGUAACGAAGCCUCAAUCGACUGGAGGCUCCAGCAAUGUCGACCAGGAAGGCCGCGUCGCGUUGUCCAAGAAGCCAAAACAACCGCAAAUCGCCCUCGAAGACUUGAAGUUGAAGCCUCUGCGACAGCAGCUCGCAUACACCUUCCCAUACGAUGUCGAGGGCAAAUUCCCCGCCUAUAUCUGGCAGACAUGGAAAUACACCCCGUCAUCAGGAGACUUUCAAGAAGAGUGGAGGCCAGCAGAGGCGUCAUGGACAGAACUUCAUCCCAGUUUCGUGCACGAAGUCAUUACUGACUCAGUCGCCGUCCAUCUCAUCCGUCACUUCUACGCCAGCAUUCCCGAAGUCCAAGAAGCCUACGAUGCCCUCCCUGUCGCCGUCCUCAAAGCCGAUUUCUUCAGAUACCUCAUCCUACUCGCCCGAGGUGGUAUCUACACCGAUAUCGAUACGACCGCUCUCAAAUCUGCGGUAGAAUGGGUCCCCACCGAGGUACCAAGAACGAGCUACGGAUUGGUGGUGGGAAUUGAGGCAGACCCUGAUCGUCCAGAUUGGCACGACUGGUACUCGCGCAGGAUUCAGUUCUGCCAGUGGACAAUUCAGAGCAAGCCAGGACAUCCAGUGCUCGUCGACAUCGUCGCAACCAUCACUGAAGAGACGCUGCGCAGAAAGAAGGCCGGAGAACUGGAUAUGAAGCACAUGAAGAGCGUGGUCGAGUUCACAGGACCAGCGCUCUGGACGGACAGCAUCUUCAAAUUCUUCAACAACCCAGACUACUUCGACAUGUCCACGAGCAAGGGCAACAUCACCUGGCAGCAGUUUACCGGUAUUACCCAGGCCAAAAAAGUCGGCGAUGUUGUUGUCUUGCCCAUCACGUCAUUCUCGCCAGGUGUUGGACAGAUGGGCGCCGGUGAUAUCGACGAUCCAAUGGCCUUUGUUCACCACACUUUUGAAGGCACAUGGAAGCCAGAGAGCGAACGACACAUCGGUGAGAAGGAGUAA